AAGUUCUGACUUGGCGUUGCUCGUUAUAUAUAUGAAUGCGCGCAUGUGCUUGUAGAGGCAGUUGUAUUUUAGCAGACAAGGAUAACGAGCCUGCCAAUCCAGCAGAUUAGCCUCUUCUAAAACUCAGCCUGAUCCUCUAUCACUUGACAGCUUAGCAGCUAACAGCUAGCCUGGUAACGUUUACUCAGUGCAGCCAGUGUAGAUGAAUGAGCAGGGUGCGUUACCCCAGCCCCGCUCCAAUUACGGCUCUGCUCUGAUGGGCGUGAUUCCUUAGUGCUAGUAAGCUAAAGUUAGCUGCUGGCCUAGUGGGGAAGGCUACAAAUAACCCGAGGGGCUAACGGUUGUUAAGCCCAGACGUCCAUCCAGCACCAUGGGAAAGAAGAGUCGAGUGAAGACUCAGAAGUCGGGCUCAGGAGCCAGCGCUGUGGUUUCCCCCAAGGAGAUGAUGAACCUCAUCUCUGAACUGCUGCAGAAAUGCAGCAGUGCAGCACCCUCUGCUGGUAAAGAGUGGGAGGAGUACAUCCAGAUCAGAGGCUUGGUGGAGAAGAUCCGCAAGAAACAGAAAGGUAUGUCGAUAUUAUUCGAGGGAAGCAGAGAGGACCACUUCCCAGAUUUGAUGUCCUGGGCUCAGGAAAACGGGGCGUCCUGCGACAGCUUCACAGUGGCCAACUUUGGAACGGAGGGCUACGGCCUGCGGGCCACCAGAGAGAUCAAGGCAGAGGAACUUUUCCUGUGGAUUCCCAGGAAGAUGCUAAUGACGGUGGAGUCAGCCCAGAACUCUGUAUUGGGUCCUCUGUACAGUCAGGACCGGAUCCUACAGGCCAUGGGCAACGUGACGCUGGCCUUCCACCUGCUGUGUGAGCGGGCCGACCCUGCUUCACCCUGGCUGCCGUACAUCCGCAGUCUUCCUCAGGAGUACGACACGCCGCUGUUCUACCAGCAGGACGAGGUGCAGCUGCUGCUGGGCACGCAGGCGGUGCAGGACGUCCUGAGCCAGUAUAAAAACACCGCACGCCAGUACGCUUACUUCUACAAAUUGGUACAGACUCAUCCUGCCGCCAGCAAACUGCCCCUGAAGGACAGCUUCACAUUUGAUGACUACAGGUGGGCGGUGUCCUCUGUGAUGACCCGUCAGAACCAGAUCCCUACUGAGGACGGCAGUCGGGUCACUCUGGCCCUCAUCCCCCUCUGGGACAUGUGUAACCACACAAAUGGACUGAUCACCACCGGCUACAACCUGGAGGAUGAUCGCUGUGAAUGUGUGGCACUGCAGGACUACAAGGAGAACGACCAGAUCUACAUCUUCUAUGGCACGAGAUCCAACGCUGAGUUUGUCAUCCACAACGGCUUCUUCUUCCAAGACAACGCCCAUGACCGAGUAAAGAUCAAGCUGGGCGUCAGUAAGAGCGAGCGCCUCUACGCCAUGAAGGCCGAAGUGCUGGCACGAGCUGGCAUCCCAGCGUCCUGUAUCUUCGCUUUGCACUGUAAUGAACCCCCCAUUUCAGCCCAGCUUCUAGCCUUCCUCAGAGUGUUCUGCAUGACAGAGGAGGAGCUGAAGGACUACCUGCUCGGAGACCGUGCCAUCAAUAAGAUCUUCACCUUAGGCAACAGCGAGUUCCCGGUCAGCUGGGAGAACGAGAUCAAGUUGUGGACUUUCCUCGAGACCCGAGCUGCUCUGUUGCUCAAGACCUACAAGACCACCUCAGAGGAGGACCGCUCCAUGCUUGAGAAACCUGAUCUAUCUCUCCAUUCUCGCCUGGCGAUCCAGCUCCGCCUGGCCGAGAAGCAGAUCCUGGAGAAGGCGUCGGCCAGCGGACGGGCCAAACGUCUGCACUUUGAGAAAAAGCUAGAGGAGGGCGCUCCGCUGCCUCGCUACGAGGAGAGCGAUAUCGCUUUGCUGGAGAAUACUGAUGCAGAUGCAAAGCUUCCUAUUAUCCUGCGCAAGCUAGAGGAGGUGCAAGAAAGCCAAGAGAUCCAGGUGGAUGAGCACAGUCUCCUACUGAACGGGGAGAAGGCUGUGUAUGGGAUAGAUAUGGAGGCUAACGGAGAGCCAGUGCAGGAGGAGACUCGGGAGAAGGUCAGCAAAGAUGUGCAUUCAGCUUUGGACUCGAAUGAAAGUUCAAGCAAGAAGGGCCAAAGGGAAGUGGCCAACCUAAGUGCCAGUCGAACUGAAGAUAAUCCCAAAGAGAACAGUGAAUGAGUAAACUUACUGCCACAGCCCAUGCUAUUUAUUUAUUUUUGUGUCUCUUAAAUGACUCAGAAAUAUAGAAGCUGAAAAAAUUUUAAUUCAAAGUCGCAGAACUUUUCCGACUGUAUGUUCAUCCAGCGUGGCUUUUCUUAGUUGUCCGCUGCUGAACUUGUUUAAAAAAUACUGCCGGCGUGUCCCUCAGCCCUCUGCGCAGAACAGGAUUUGAUUUAAAAUUUGCUUUUGUUUUACGUUGUAAGUUUGAAACCUAGGUUUACAUUCAAACAUUUCGAGGCCUACAGCAUAGGAAGAAAGCAGGGGUGGGGGGGCACAAACUGGUUCCAGCAAGUUAUUAGGUGAAUGUUAUUUCCACAAAGCCAAAAUCUCUCUAAUCUUGUGAAUUGGUUGUUUUAUUACGGCAGUUUGUCUCCAUAUAUGUCCAGUAUGUUUUGAGUUGACAAUCGUAUUCUCUAGUGCAUUUCGUGGUGUGCUACUGAGUCAAGGCCAUCUACUCCCUUUUUUUCUGGUUAAAAUCACUUUGAGCAAAAUAACUGAAGGAAAACAUAGAACGGUGAAUGGUACCUGUUAUGUUUCAGUAUGACAGGCCAAAAUGGAAGAUGGUUUUUGCUUUUUCAGUAAAAAACGUUAUUUUUACCAUCAAAUUCCCAUCAUUGCAUAGCUUCAGCCCUCACUAAGAAACAAAGAAUUUAGUUUUAUUUUGUUUUAAAAUGUAUCUUUGUGAAUGUACUGCAGUGAUUCUCUGCAGAUGCCAACAAAAGGGAGUGAUGAGUGAGCAGCGCUGACUGUUGUUGCCCUUGAGAAAGCCAUAUACAGCACUGAGGACGAUGGCGGUUCAUGUGAGGUCUCCUGUUGGAAGCUUUUUGCUCGUCUGCCUUAAAAUGAGGCGAUUUCAACAUGACACAUAUUGUAUGAAAAACACAGAAGCACUGUCAGCAGGUUCUUGCUCUCCUUAGUUUGUGUUAACUGUAGGGGUGGCCCCAACUACUCCGACUCUUUGCACUGAUACAAAGCCAAUACUGACUGAAUCACUGACAGUCGAUGCAUCGUGGAGGGGAAAACGUGCAGCUUUCUUAUCAGUUAGAACAUUUAACCUUUUCAUAAGUGCGUAGUCAUGGGUACUCCCAGUUUCACCCAUUGUGUCACCUCGUUAUCUCACCCACUAACUACUAUGUGCUUCAGCUCUUCUACAGUAACGCAGCGACACAGUGUUGUUUAUAGCGCUACUGUAUGUGGCUCAUUUUUACAUAAACAUGAUUGACAUACUUGGAUGAAAUAAAGUCAAGCUCAACCUACUAUUUUUAUCGGAGGUUUCGACCACAAUUCACAGGGUCUUCAUCAGUGCCCUCACAUAGUACGUAGUACGGUACCCUGGUCGGACGAUAACAAGUGGCCGUAUAGGCUGUCUCCCUAACAAUCGGAAUCACGAAAACCAGAGUCCACUCGCAUUGCGUCAGUCGAAUCAGAUUGUUUUCCUAACAUGACCUCACUACAAAAGUAAUGGAACAAGGGAUAUGUGUGAAUCAAUCUUCAGCUGACAGUGGCAUCAGCAGCCAAUCAGGAGAGGGGACUAUAACUGAAAUGUGAGCGCGACACACUUAUUGUGUCUCUGACUGUGUCCAUCACAGAUGACCAACAAAGGCAUUCGAACAUGAGCCUUACAGGCAGAACAUGAGACUCGUGUAGGCUGUUGGAGGAGUUUAGUGUGGUGUGCCUGGACUGUAACUACAAGCCAUACAUUAUAUAUUUAGGCAAGGUGUAUAGGUGAAAAACAGCAGUAAUAAUAAGUGUGGGUUUGUAUAUAUAAAGCCAAAUAUAUGUGUAGACAAAGCAUAAACCAAAUGAUUGUACUGAGGCCGAACACACAGCCAACUGUUUCCAUGUGAUCGAAGUACCGUAGUUACUAUAGUGUGAGGAAAUGCCAUUUACUGAUGAAGACUGUGAGAUGUGGUUGAAAGCCUCCCAAACACACUAUUAAGUGUACCUUCAGUUAAGACUUUUUUUAAGUAAAGUUAGGUAAGUACUGUUCCAAAAGUACAGAACGCUCUCGAUGGAUCCAUCAGUUUCCCAGAGCUCAAGGUGUAACGAAGGUAACAAAUUGCCGUUUUUUUCCGACCAACAAGCCAAACCCAAUUCAUCUUACUCUCAUUAAAGAGUAACAAAACCAGAAAAUAUUUAUAGGCUUCCAGUCUUUCCACCAUUCUUUGAUUCAAAAAUGACUUAAACAAUAUAUUGUUUAUCAAAAUAGUUGACGAUUCAUGUUAUGUCGACCGACUAAUCAAUUAAUCAACCAGUUGUCUUUAGGCUACACAAAGUGAGAACUUUGGUUUUAGGGGGAGUCAUGUGCUGAAACUAGCCUAGCCUUGCUAUAUGCUAAUGAGGCUAAUCACCUCCCGGUUCCAGCUCUGCACCUAACACAGACAUAAGAGUUAUUGAUCUUCUCAUCUAGUUCUCAGUAAGAAAGUGAAAAAGCAUAUUUACCAUAAAGUUGAACACUUUCUUUAAAGUUACAGAGACCUGUUAGCAGUUCUGUUAAAAGUGGUUUCCACAUUCUUUGACUAAUCGAAAUAAAGUUUUAUAACCUGGUCUCCUCUACUUGAUAUGGAAAUUAGUGUUUGCUAACAUCGAUGAUUAGCACCACUGGUUUGAUUAGACUUUUUCCUAUAGAAACAGAUGUAAGUACCUCCUGUGACUGUCAGUGAACCUCGGCUUUGGCUUGGUGAUUUAGAAUCGACCAGCUAAAAUGUGAGUUGGGCUCACUCCUAGUUAACCCGUAAAGUUAGGAUUAAACUAACCUUGCCUUGUUGUCAGCUGACGGUGGUGUGAAAGGCAGUGAAUUCUCACUGCCGCUGUGUUCUCCCUUCAAGUGGUACGACCAAAUCUAGGUGUUCUCCUUAGGUCAGAUGUUUAUGGCCACUUUGUACCACAUGAUGCUCAUGUUUUGUAUCACGUUUGAUGUGUCACGGUCAUUCUGUGGUUUGAGCACUUUUCCAUCACAAAUCUGUAUUUUUUAUGCAAUCAUGUACUUUUACCAACCUUACUGGUAACAUUCAGUCUGUUUGCUGCUUUUCUAAAGACCUCUGUACACUAGCGCGCGCGCGUGUGUGUGUGUGUGUGUGUGUGUGUGUGAGAGUGUGAGAGAGAGCUCCUAGCUUUAACCUUAGACUCAACAACUCCUGACCAGGUACGUUGCUAUCCAGUUGAACCGGACUCCUCACAUUUCACCAUAUGCAGUAGUUGUGGGUUUCUCUGUGUAAAACCAACCCCGGACUGUACAGUCAAAGCUAGAGUUGAUAAGGCAACUUGUCCUGAAGAGAUUAAACUUCAUCUCAUUUCUCA